AUGGCCGCCGUCGACCCUUUCGACUCGGCGCUCGACCUCCUCCGCCGUCUGAACCCGAAACACACGACCGACCACCUCAAUGCCAUCAUCUCCCUCGCCCCAGAUCUGACCGAAGACCUACUCUCAUCCGUAGAUCAGCCCCUGACCGUCAAGCGGUGCAAGCAGACGGGCCGCGACUACCUUCUUUGCGACUACAACCGUGACGGCGACAGCUACCGCUCGCCAUGGAGCAACCAAUUCGACCCGCCUCUGGAUGAGAGCGGCGUCGGUGGUGUCGGUGCCGGUGGCAGCGAGGGUGCUGGCGAGGGUGCUAUCCCUAGCGAGCGUGUCCGCAAGAUGGAGAUCAAGGCCAACGAGGCGUUUGACGUCUACCGGGAUCUCUACUACGAGGGCGGUGUGAGCAGUGUCUACUUCUGGAACCUGGACGAUGGAUUUGCCGGCGUUGUUCUGCUCAAGAAGUCCGCGACACCUGGUGGCAGUGCCGAGGGUGUCUGGGACUCGAUCCACGUCUUCGAGGCCAUCGAGCGUGGCCGCACCACACAGUACAAGCUUACCUCGACCGUGAUUCUCUCCCUGUCGACUUCGGCAGCCUCUUUGGGCGACAUGGACCUGAGCGGCAACAUGACGAGACAGGUAGAGCAGGAGCUGCCGGUUGAUGGCGACGAGAGCCACAUUGCCAACGUCGGCCGCCUGGUUGAGGAUAUGGAACUCAAGAUGCGCAACCUGCUGCAGGAGGUCUACUUUGGCAAGGCCAAGGACGUCGUCGGCGACCUGCGGAGCAUCGGCAGCCUUAGCGAGGGGGCGAGGGACCGCGCGGCGCAGAGGGAGAUCAUUGGCAGCAUGCAGAGGUGA